AUCCAGGCGCAUCAUCGCAGUCGAGCGCAAGUACGUGUCGCUGCGCGUGUGUCAUGAUGUAUUUUUCACGGCGCAUUUUGACGGUCAACUGAUGAUCAUCGGGAGGCGUCGCGAGGCGUGUUGUGCCUGACAUUUUGUUGUCCCUCGGGAAUUGAUAACGCAAAGAAGACGAAAAAGAGAGAAACCUGAAGAGGAAGAUCCGUGACAUGAGAGAAUCGCGAUAGCAACAGCCGCAACGGCGCGAAAAUGUACUGUACAACGCUCGGGAGAUGCUUUUGCAGGAGGGAUGCGGUGAGGGCCCUGAGCACCGGCGAAGUCUCCACCGCGUUAAGGCCGUUUUACUUCACUGUUCAUCCUGAUCUGUUCGGACAAUAUCCCACGCAGAGGACAGUGAACGAGAACUCUCUGAAGCAAUUGAGUUCAAUCUUAGAAACUCUACAACAGAAGCAACCUAUACGACCGACCACUUUACCUUUUUAUUUACGUUCUAAAGAUGAGAAAGAAGUGAAAGCUGGUAAAUUUACACUUGUAAAAAUACAAUUGAAAGAGAAAGAUAUUAGACAAACGAUACUAUCUAUUUUAAAAACAUGCGAUCUACCUACAACAUUUGUCGACAAAAUCGAGGAACAAAAACCUCCUAUCACAAAGUACAAAUCCAAAUUUUGGCAACGUCCUUAUUAUGGAGAAAGGGUAGAUUUUUCAGAAUUGGAAGAUGAUCCUAUUUAUGCAUCAAUAAUCAUGAAACGAAAAAUUAAUGUAGAACCAGAUACAUUAAAGGCUUAUUUGGACAAACACAUCAAUGAGGUACACAUUAAGUUGGAGGCAUGUAGACCUGUGAGGGAGGAAGUAGAGAAAUUAGAGAAAAUAUUGUGUAGCGAUUUGGGUUUAAAGGACAUUGUAUGGGACUGCGGUUGGAAUAUCACUCAUUAUCGUGGUUGUUUAUUAGCUUUUCAAGCUUUAGCCAAACACCAUCCAGAAUCGAUGGAGGUGUUAAAAAACCGAACUCUCGUAUUUGCAAAUGAUACUGGUAUUAGCUUGGAAGGCAAUGUUAUGCUCAACUCUGGAGAAGUCAGACACAAUUGGCUUGAUUUAAUAAAGAACGUGAGAAAACAUGACGCUGUAUUAUUGAAAUUGCCGGCAUUUGAGAAAGCAGUGUCCCAAGUGCUCCUCGAUAUUAAAAUCGGUCGACGGGUCCUCUAUAUGUGCAGGAAAUUCAUGCCUAAAGUAAUGGUCGGCCAGUAUGAACGACAACUACGACAACUCACGACUACGCUCUCGGACUACCGUGGCAAGAGAAAGUACCCGAGUUCUUGGCCGGCCAGUCUAUCGGCUUAUGAAAUUGUUAUAGAAGCUGAAGCAGGUCCAUUGAUGCUAUCCCCGACUGGACAAUUCAUCGUGCCAUCAUCUUGUCCAAGUUUUCUCUUGGUGAAUUUCAUUUCCGAGAAUUUAGAGGAAGCUACAAAAAGAUUACAUCAUUAUAAUAACAUAAAGCAUGUAGAGCGAGAACUUCACCGUAAAACCAUCAAGGAAUUAGGUUUAACUGCGCUGAACAAAGAUGAUAGCAUCACACCAGACCUGAUGAUACAGUGUUGCGAGCGACUACUUUUACACAAAAAAAGUUUAACAUCUCUUGAAGGCGUUUUGCUUUGGGUUACUCAUUAUUACUCUGUUAUGAGUGACGGUGUUCUUUGCGUGCCAUGGGACUGGAAGUUGUAAAAAAAUAUUAACAAUCAUUAUUAAAA